GGCUUGCUGCGCGUGCCGGGCGGGGAAACGGCGCAAGCCGAGCGCCUGAGAACGUUCGCCGCGGGGGCGGCUCCGGGGCCUGAGCGGGCACCGCCGCCACCUCAGCCGCCGGGGCCGGGCCGGAGGAGGCGGAGGAGGCUGCGGCCGUCCGAGACCUUCUCGACGUCCCCAGCUCCGGCCGGGAAGAUGAUUGAGGAAAGUGGAAACAAGCGGAAGACCAUGGCCGAGAAGAGGCAGCUGUUCAUAGAAAUGCGUGCUCAGAAUUUUGAUGUCAUACGACUAUCAACUUAUAGAACAGCUUGCAAACUACGAUUUGUACAAAAACGAUGCAACCUCCACCUGGUUGAUAUCUGGAACAUGAUUGAAGCCUUCCGAGACAAUGGCCUUAAUACACUGGACCAUACCACUGAGAUCAGUGUGUCCCGCCUCGAAACCGUCAUCUCCUCUGUCUACUACCAGCUGAACAAGCGCCUUCCUUCCACUCACCAGAUCAGUGUGGAGCAGUCCAUCAGCCUCCUCCUCAACUUUAUGAUUGCUGCAUACGACAGUGAGGGCCGAGGCAAGUUGACCGUAUUUUCAGUUAAAGCUAUGUUAGCAACCAUGUGUGGUGGAAAAAUGCUGGACAAAUUGAGAUAUGUUUUCUCCCAGAUGUCAGAUUCCAAUGGCUUAAUGAUAUUUAGCAAGUUUGACCAGUUUCUGAAGGAAGUUCUGAAGCUCCCAACAGCUGUCUUUGAAGGGCCAUCAUUUGGUUACACAGAGCACUCAGUCCGCACCUGUUUUCCACAGCAGAAGAAGAUAAUGCUAAAUAUGUUUUUAGACACAAUGAUGGCCGAUCCUCCUCCCCAGUGCCUUGUCUGGCUACCUCUCAUGCACAGGCUCGCCCAUGUUGAGAAUGUCUUCCACCCCGUGGAGUGCUCCUACUGCCGCUGCGAGAGCAUGAUGGGCUUCCGGUACCGAUGCCAGCAGUGCCACAACUACCAGCUCUGCCAGAACUGCUUCUGGCGCGGCCAUGCCAGCGGCCCUCACAGCAACCAACACCAGAUGAAGGAGCACUCGUCUUGGAAAUCCCCUGCAAAGAAGCUGAGCCAUGCAAUUAGUAAAUCUUUGGGGUGCGUGCCCACCAGAGAACCCCCGCAUCCUGUUUUUCCUGAGCAACCAGAGAAACCACUUGACCUUGCAAAUAUAGUUCCCCCUCGCCCGCUGGCUAAUAUGAAUGACACCCUGGUGAGCCACGCCUCGGCGUCCUCUGGAGUGCCCACCCCCACCAAGAGGUUACAGUAUAGCCAGGACAUACCCAGUCACUCGGCCGAUGAGCACGCGCUGAUAGCCUCCUAUGUGGCCCGUCUGCAGCACUGUGCACGUGUCCUGGACAGUCCCAGCCGACUGGAUGAGGAACACCGACUUAUAGCUCGCUAUGCUGCCCGGCUGGCUGCAGAAGCAGGAAACAUGACCCGUCCUCCCACUGACUUGAGCUUUAACUCUGAUGCCAACAAACAGCAAAGACAGCUUAUUGCAGAACUGGAAAACAAAAACAGGGAGAUCCUGCAAGAGAUCCAGCGUCUCCGUCUGGAGCAUGAGCAGGCUUCCCAGCCCACCCCCGAGAAGGCGCAGCAGAACCCCACAUUGCUGGCCGAGCUGCGGCUGCUGAGGCAGAGGAAGGACGAGCUGGAGCAGAGAAUGUCGGCACUGCAGGAGAGCAGGCGCGAGCUGAUGGUUCAGCUGGAAGGGCUCAUGAAGCUGCUGAAGGAGGAAGAGCAAAAGCAGGCAGCUCAGGCCACAGGGUCACCGCACACGUCGCCCACGCACGGAGGCGGCCGCCCGAUGCCCAUGCCCGUGCGCUCCACGUCCGCCGGCUCCACUCCCACGCACUGCCCGCAGGACCCGCUGAGCGGAGUCGGGGGAGACCUGCAGGAGGCCUUUGCCCAAGGUACGAGGAGAAACCUCCGCAAUGACCUGCUGGUGGCCGCGGACUCCAUCACCAACACCAUGUCGUCCCUGGUGAAGGAGCUCCACUCAGCAGAGGAAGGUGCAGAGGAAGAAGAGGAGAAGCAGCAGGAUGGGAAGGACAGAGAAUUGCCUCUCCAGAACCUGCCACCCACGGUGUUGGGAGCUGUAAAUCCAGCUUGCAUGCUCCGAGAGCGCUGGUGCCUAUCUGGUAGACUGACGGCAGUGGCCCUGUGGGACUCCUCAGGCGUUUGAGGGUGCGGGCAGUGUUCAGGAUUUCAGGGUGAGCGGGAGUGGUUUAGUAUUCUCAAGCAGAUAUGCCUGCAGGCAGGAGAUACUGACCAUAUCAAAAUUUAAUUCCUUCUCACCUUCGUCACUUUCAGAACCAAGGGAUGGGCUAUGCCCCCGAUAUAACCGCUCCCCAGACUUAGGGUGGCUUCACGUCCGUGUUAGUACUAUUGUUCUCCUUCUCCCAAGAGACGGCCCCCACGCCUG